CUGUUGACAUCAAUGAUUUCCACAUUCGAGUGAGGGCGGGCUACAACAUGGCAGCCUCCAAGAUACCACAAGCUUUGACGUUCAAGCAGUUUCUACUGAGGCAACAAGUUUUGAGUCUAUACCGGGAUGUACAUCGAGCAUUGAGAAGAGUUCCUGAUGACAAAGAUAGAGCGGAGCUUAAAGUAUGGGCCAGGGAGGAAUUCAAAAGAAAUAAGAGCCAACAUGAAGAGAUGGCAAUCAGAAUGUUACUGACCCAAGGGAAGAGGACGCUUAGAGAGAUAGAGAGCACAGUGACCCUGGCUAGGUGACAAAACUGCUUCACUGCCUGCUAUUACAUGUAGGUUGUACAAAAGAGUAACGGAACCAAGAUUGGCUAUGGCUCCUCAAUGUUACCUGAGAAUGUCUCAGAUGUCACCACAAUUCGAAACGAUGACUCAAAUGUCAAAAGACCCGAGGGCCCAAUUUCAUAGAGCUGCUUAAGCACAAAAAGUAGCUAAGCACAGUAGCAUACCAGAUUACGGUUGCCAGC